AUGGUCAGCACACGUUCAGCAGUUCAGCAAUUGUUUCCGUUUGAUCCAGAACCUGAGCAAUCUUUAAGGAGGAGACACAGGGAGCAAAAUUUGCUGCGGGUUCCUUCACUGCAAGGGACUUUUCUGCAGUCUUUAUAUUCUGAGGACCUGCACAGUACAGAAACAAUGGCUUUUGUUAUUCCAGAGGCUGGUGAUCCUUUGGGUAAUUCUUUAACAGCUCAUGCCACUAACAUACCAGGUUGCAUUACAUAUCCAGCAGUGGAAGAAGGGUCUACAUUCGAAAUCAAGCAUCACAUGUUGAGUAUUCUACCUACAUUUCAUGGGUUAUCAACCGAUGAUCCUAACAUGCACAUUGCAGAAUUUUUAAUGGGAUGCAAGAAUAUUUUGGUGAAAGGAUUCUCAGCUGAAUCUAUUAAGCUUCGUCUAUUUCCUUACACAUUGAAAGAUCAAGCAAGGAGAUGGCUCCUCACACUUCCAUCUGGAAGCAUUAGCACUUGGAACCAACUCAGUGAAAAAUUCUUAAACAAAUAUUAUCCAGCUUCAAAGACUCUCGACAUGAGAACUCAAAUUUUAUCUUUUGCCCAAAAACCAAAUGAAGAGUUUCAUGAGGCGUGGGAACGGUUUAAAGAGUUGAAUAGAAAAUGUCCACAUUCUAGUAUUAGCAGUACGGAUCAAGUGCAUAUAUUUUUCAGAGGGUUAAAUAUGACAACCAAAACUCUUGUCAACGCUUCAUGCGGAGGAUCAUACAAGGAUAAAAAUGCACAAGAGGCUUGUUUAUUAUUUGAAAAAAUGGCAGCAGAUACACAGCAAUGGGCAGUUGAGCAGCCACAAUCAAGAAUUCCAGGUUCACAGGUUGCUGUACAGCAACCUUUACCAGCUGCCUGUAGCAUUUGCAAUGUGACAACCCAUGAUUUUUUGAGCUGUCCGCAUAAAGAUGCUUAUCCGGAAUUUGCAGCGGAACAAGUUAAUGCAUUUAAUAACUUUCAGCGUCCACGAUAUGACCCGUAUUCAAAUGUUUACAACCCGGGUUGGAGAGAUCAUCCUAAUUUUAAGUGGGACAGAGAUCAACCUGCAAGGCCACAAUUUCAACAACAGGUACAGCAAACUGCUGCGCCUAAGGCUGCUUGGGAGGUUGCAAUUGAAAAAUUAGCAAAUGCCACCAGUCAAGAAUUCCAAAAUCUGCAGGCAACAGUGAAAAACAUAGAAAAACAAAAGGGGCAGAUUGCAUUCCAAGUUUCAGAAAGAGCACCAGGUACAUUUCCUAGCCAAACGGAAAUAAUCCAAGGGGAGGCGCAGAUUGUAAGGCAGUUCGAGUUCUACGUUCGGGCAGCAUCACAGCCACAAACAGAUUCAGGAAAUUUUGCAGAAUCUGAUAUUGUUACAGAUUCUACAGAGUCUAUGGGCAGAUCUGAAAACAGUGCAAAAAUUGCUGCAGAAACUGCAGAACGUGUUUAUGUGCCUCCAAUGCCUUAUCCCGAAAGGUUGAAGCCCAAAGUUAAAGAUCAACAGUUGACAGAUUUUAUGAAGACGUUGGCCAAAGUUCAGAUCAAUCUCCCAUUGAUUGAUGCAAUUAAGAACAUUCCAUCUUAUGCCAAGUUUUUAAAGGAUGUUUGCACAAAGAAAAAGAAGCUCGUGGAUUUUGAAAAAGUUAUUCUUACAGAACAGUGCAGCGCAGUUUUAUUACAUAAACUGCCUCCAAAGAAACAAGACCCAGGGAGUUUUACAAUUUCAUGCACAAUUGGAAAUUCUAAUUUUAAACGUGCUUUAAUUGAUUUGGGUGCCAGUAUUAAUUUAAUGCCUUUUUCUGUUUUUCAGAGACUAGGACAAGGAGAAAUCAAGCCUACAUCAGUUAUUCUACAACUGGCGGACCGUUCAGUUGCUUACCCUAGGGGAAUUAUUGAAGACCUCAUUAUUAAAGUGGAUAAUCUCUACCUUCCUGCAGAUUUUGUGGUCUUGGAUAUGGAUGAAGAUAUGCAAACACCGAUUAUUUUGGGGCGUCCAUUCAUGGCUACUGCUCGAACCUUAAUUGAUGUUGAGGCUGGAACACUUACACUUAGAGUGCAAGAUCAGUCCGUUGUUUUCAGUUUAUUCGAAAUAACCAAAAGGCCAACUGAUGUGCAAGAUUGUAUGCGUGUUGACAUGUUAGACAGCUUAAUGCAUGCUGAAAUUAUGCCCCGUUUGACAUCAGAUCCAUUGUUAAAGGUGUUGCAUGGGUUGGAGAAUAGAAACACUGAAGAUGAAGAGGUUUUUGAGUAUGUUUCAGCUUUGGAAAGUGUUCCUUUUCUACACCCCCGUUGGAGGCACGUUUUUGAGAGUUUAGGGGAACCGAAAAAACCAUUGCAGCCCUCUAAAGUACAGCCACCUAAACUGGACUUAAAAGUACUGCCAGGACACUUGAAAUACGCUUAUCUGGGUGCAAAUUCUUCGCUGCCAGUUAUUAUAGCUGCUGACUUAUCAUCAACAGAAGAAGAAAAAUUGCUGCGUAUUUUAAGAAAUUAUCAAGAUGCAAUCGGUUGGACUAUAGCAGACAUUAAAGGGAUCAGCCCUACAAUUUGCAUGCACCGAAUUCUGAUGGAAGAUGGAGUAAAGCCCACCAUUGAUGCUCAACGUCGUUUGAAUCCAAUUAUGAAAGAAGUUGUUCGUACUGAGGUUAUGAAGCUUCUAGAUGCUGGGAUGAUCUACCCCAUUUCAGAUAGUAAGUGGGUUAGUGCAACUCAAGUGGUGCCCAAGCGUUCUGGAAUUACAGUUGUGAAGAAUGACAAUAAUGAACUUGUGCCUACACGUUUGACUACUGGGUGGCGUAUGUGUGUUGAUUACAGAAAGAUCAAUACGGGCACUAGAAAGGAUCAUUUUCCAUUGCCUUUCACUGAUCAAAUGUUGGAAAGGUUGGCUGGUCGUGCGUUCUAUUGUUUCUUGGAUGGAUAUUCAGGGUACAACCAGAUUCCAGUUGCACCUGAAGAUCAAGAGAAGACAACCUUUACAUGUCCUUUUGGGACUUUUGCAUAUCGAAGAAUGCCCUUUGGUUUGUGCAAUGCUCCUGCAACGUUUCAACGAUGCAUGAUGAGCAUAUUUUCCGGAUUGGUUGAACAGGGGAUUGUCCUAGGCCACUUGAUUUCUAACAGGGGUAUUGAGGUUGAUAAGGCCAAAAUUGAUGUAAUUGCAAAGCUGCCACCACCGACAGCUGUUAAAAACGGUUUUAUCAAGGAUUUCUCCAAGAUUAGCCGACCAUUGUGUAAUUUGUUGGCUAAGGAUGCUCCUUUUGUCUUUGAUGAUGCUUGUUUGGAGGCUUUCAACAAGUUAAAGACACUCCUCACUACAGCACCCAUUAUUGCAGCACCUAAUUGGAGUUUACCUUUCGAAUUGAUGUGUGAUGCUUCAGAUUACGCAGUAGGAGCGGUUCUUGGACAGCGGAAAGAUAAGCUUCCCCAAGUCAUUCAUUAUGCUAGUCGAACUCUCAAUGACGCACAGCUAAACUAUGCGACCACAGAGAAGGAAUUGUUGGCAGUUGUUUUUGCAUUAGAAAAAUUUCGGUCUUACUUAGUUGGGGCUAAGGUGAUUGUUUACACAGAUCAUGCAGCUUUGAAGUAUUUGUUGUCGAAGAAAGACGCUAAGCCUCGAUUAAUUCGUUGGAUUCUUUUACUGCAAGAGUUUGACUUAGAAAUCAGGGAUAAGAAGGGUAGUGAAAAUGUUGUGGCUGAUCAUUUGUCCAGGUGUAUUCCAGAAGAAGAGCAUGAAAGUGUUUUAAAGUUUGCACAUCAGUAUGCUUGUGGGGGACAUUUUGGCCCUAAACGGACAGCAGCUAAAAUCUUGCAGAGUGGAUUGUUUUGGCCUACUCUCUUCAGGGAUGCUAAUAGUUGGUGUAGAUCUUGUGAUCGUUGUCAAAGGGUGGGUAAUCAGUCCAAAAGAAACGAAAUGCCACAACAAAGUAUAUUAGUUGUUGAAUUGUUUGAUGUUUGGGGUAUUGAUUUCAUGGGACCAUUCCCAAUGUCCCAUGGCAAUCAGUAUAUUUUGGUGGCUGUUGAAUAUGUUUCUAAAUGGGUCGAGGCAAUUGCAGCACCAACCAAUCAAGGAUCAGUUGUUCUGAAAUUCCUCCAGGGGGUAAUUUUUCCACGAUUUGGAACACCGCGUGUCAUUCUAAGUGAUGGGGGUAAGCACUUUGUCAAUAGAUCGUUUGCUACGUUGCUAGCUAAGUAUGGGAUCACCCAUCGUGUUGCUACUCCUUAUCAUCCACAAACAUCAGGACAGGUUGAAGUUUCAAAUAGAGAAAUCAAGCGAAUUCUUGAAAAAACAGUUAGCUCGACUCGAAAAGACUGGAGUUUGAAAUUGAGUGAUGCUCUCUGGGCGUACAGAACAGCAUUUAAAGGCCCAAUUGGGAUGUCCCCAUUUCGGCUGGUUUAUGGUAAGGCUUGUCAUUUACCUAUGGAGCUAGAGCAUAAGGCAUUUUGGGCUAUUAAAGAGUUGAAUUUUUCUUAUGAUUCUGCUGGAGAAAAACGUAAAUUGCAGAUUAAUGAGCUUGAGGAAAUUCGUAAUGAUGCUUAUGAGAGCUCGCGCAUUUACAAAGAAAAAACCAAGGCAUUUCAUGACAAUCAGAUUCUCAGAAAGAAUUUUCAUCCAGGGCAAAAAGUUUUGUUAUUCAGUUCAAGGUUGAAGUUGUUUCCAGGGAAGUUAAAGUCUCGUUGGAAUGGCCCAUAUUUGGUUACUAAGGUUUAUCCUCAUGGGGCGGUUGAUAUUACAAGUGAAAUUAAUGGCAACACAUUCAAAGUGAACGGUCACAGGCUGAAACCAUAUUUGGAGUCACCCUUCGAUAUUGCACGCGAGUCACUGACUCUGAAGGAACCAGACAACCAACAAUCAGCAGCAAACAUCAAAAGCAAAAAAAUCCUAGGCUGGAAUCCUGCACCCAGCAGCAAGUCUACACUGGGAAAGACAACAACAAUCAGCAGCAAAAGAAAACAAAUCCUGCACCCAGCAGCAAGUCUACACUGGAAUCAUGCACCCAGCAGCAAGUCUACCAAAUUUCCAACAACAACAUUUGCAGGGAUUCGAAAUUAUACCUAUGAGACCUUACACAGCGAGCACCACUAUGAGUACCUGCAGGGACAAAGAACACACAUCUCUACAUAUCACACAUCUUUACAGAUAAGGACCCAAGACAAAUUCUGGAAUUACUCUUACCUUCGGAUGGAUAUCGGAAGGCAUGGGUGCUAUGAGAUCGAGGACCAAUGGAUGCAGGUGGACGUUAGUGACGGUGCUGGCAGAGGUUUGAGACAGAGGAAUGUACCCAGAGGCAUCCAACACUUUCAGCUCAGGCUCCUUCAGCUACUGAACGUGCCAAGAAUUGAAUUCUCCGCCACUAGCUCGUAUAAUGUCGAUUUCACUGCGAAAAUUGGGGGUAGAAGGUUAUAUUGUAUCUGUCGCUCGUCUUUGACGCAAGCGGAAACUUGGUUGGGGUGGUCAGCGCCUUUACGCCGCACGCAGCCACUGGUCCAGCGUUCGACUCACCAAAGCGUCCCUGCCGUCCUGGUGUGUUAG